AUGCCUCGUAAUUCCUGGAAAAUUGGAAUAAUUCGUAAACUGAAGCAAUCUCCAGCGGGAGUGGUACGUGAAGCAGAGAUUCAACUACCGAACGGACGCCUCGUUCGCCGACCUGUCAAUCUUCUCGUGCCGAUUGAAUUGGACGACAACGAAGAAGCUGCCGACUACGAAAGUGCUAAAAACGAAGAGAAAACAAGUGCUCACCCCAUGGACGAAGCCCCAAAUUUACAAAAGAGACGCGCUACAAUUUACGUCCACGGAAAAAGCUCGACUACAACGCUUCCUACAACACUAUUGCUGCUGGCACUACUAGCGUUUUUCAAUGCAUCAGUCGAAGCAGUUUCGACUCCAUUGCCUUCCGUUCGAACAUUCGCACGCUGCUCUUCAAAAGGAGUUGAACUCACAUCGUUCAACGCCCAGAAGUAUGAGCUUUGCGCAGGAGAAUACUGUAUCGUUAAAGAGAAACCGCCGAAAAAGGAAACGAUACAGCUACCUCCAGAAAUCACCUUGCCGGACUACUUCAUUCAAUGGGAAAUCUCCGAUGGUCACAAAGUGACAGUUGUUGAAGUCACCUGCUGUCAAGUACCGCUCUGCAAAAAGGUUCAGUACUGGUUCUGUACAGCUAACGUGCUGAACCCAAAAUGUUCACCUCGAGCAGCGAUUAUAGUAAUUGCGAUCGGCCUCUACCUUACUACUACAAUGAUCUACGUUCUUUGCCACGUACCUGUAACGCUAAGCAUACCAUGUCGGAUUCUCUGCAAAAUUCUUGUGCGGAACACGCAACAACAAGAGCAGAAUGUUCACGCGAUACAACACCAAGGUCAAUUCGCACAUCGCUGGACUAUCAUCCCUCGCCACCAGAUCAACUAUGCCGGGGAGUAUAGAGAGUCACCUCUCUAUGAUCAAUCGGAGACUUGGGCAGUGCCGUCAACAGUGACGAAGAAGCUCGACCGCUCGGAAAGGUUAGACGGCACCUUGGCUAUUUUUGUCCAAUGGACAGCCGUAAGGGUGACAUCAGAUAUCCAGGGGCGGAUCGAUGCGAUCAACCUAGCACAACGCAUCGCGAAUUCUAAUGGUUACACUGGUAAUGUAGCACGUAGGCCAGAUCUUGGUGCACAGCGAGAAUAUGCCACAGUGGUUGAGUCGAAUAAGAUCAAUUUCUGCCUGCCCUUCAUAACCGAGGAUCUGAGUAAGGCGAUAAGUGCCAGUCUGGUUAGGAGCGGUUUCGAUGACCAAGUGAGAGUUGUGGAAAUGCUUCCAACAAAUCUCAAAAAGCAACUAGUUCGAAAUAGAAUGUACGAUCGCUUCUGUCUUACUCCAGACUAUGUAAUAUGCCCAUUCGGGAAGGAAGAGGACUGCAUGGUCUCUGGUGUAGUCUAUCUAAUUUCGUGCAAAACAUGUAGGGACCAAUACAUAGGCGAAACAGGGCGACCCCUUUGUGUUCGCAUUGAAGAACAUCUAAAGGGGAUGAAACAAUCGAAUGUAGUAACUUCCCUCGGAGCUCACCGCAGACAAUGUCAUGAAAAUGUUCCUUUCUGCAUAGCUGUCACAAUUCUAUCGUACGAACCCGAAAUUAUAGCUCGCAGAACUUUAGAAGCGUUUUGGAUAAAUGCAAAAGGUCCAAAAAUGAAUAGAAAGGAAGAGUGCUUAGCCGUGACCAACGAGCUGGCUCUGUAUCAAGACCCCUGCGGGUUUGAUCUACGGGGUCAUCUGCGGGUCGCAUCCUAA